AAGAAUACCGAACAAAAUAAAACAAAUUUUUCCAAUUGUGCUGCUGCCGUUUACGACACCGUCAACAGAAUUGCCGCCGGGAAACUCUGUUACGAUGACAGCAUCAUUUCCAAUGUUAUCCGCGAGGUAGAUUCAACAAUCAUAGCACACAAACUUACUGAAAAUACCGUAUGUGAGGUGAUGCAUAAUCAUGGUAUGAGACUUAUUUUCAAAUUGAUGAAAGAAACUGAAAAAGAAUGGGAAAAACAAAACUCCGUUCCCGCCAAACUCGAGUCCAACGAAGCGAUUUUACGUAAAUACUUCAUGAUGGUUUCACAGGGCGUGGAAAAGACGCAGCUAUUUGCUGCUACCAUGGCAAACACCUUGGAAAAUGUCAUUUUUUCAGCAUUCGAAAAGGAAAUGGUGCAAAAGACCCUUCAUGGCAUUCGAAAGAAGCGUUGGCUGAACGAAGCCAGAUUCAUCCAAAAGCACAUGGAUCUCCAUUUGAUUGACUUGCUGGAAAAAAAGAAAUUGAACGAAGCACUUGAUAACAUAAGUUUUCCUAAGAGGUUUUACGCAGAAGUGCUUCAACGAUUAAUUGCCCAACAGGUCCCCAACGGCGAUAGUGAAUGGCAUAAAUUCAAAAAUGAUUUGAGACGAGCAAUCGAUAAAGCGGCAAUAAUUGAAGUCAAAGAACGAAGAGCGCAAACAUUUGUCAAUCAAUUACGAAAAGAAUUUUUUGAAGGUUAUUUGCAGAGUGAAACUUUAGGUUCGGCUUUUCGGAUUGAUUGCAGUGGUGAAUACGAAGACUGUGACAACGAAGAGCAGGAAGAAUUUAAAAAGGAAUGCAAAAGCAAAUUGCUUGAAGUGCUAAAAAAGCAAGUAGCCAUUACCAGACAUCAAAAAGUCUUUGCAAAAGAACUGAGUAAAGAAGUAGUGCAGCAUAUGAUCAAAGCGAACGAUAAGGCAGCACUACCUCGUUGCGAUGAAUGUUGUCGCUUAUGUAAAAGUCUGUGCAUCGAGGCGGCCAAUCACAAGACGCCUCAUGAGGCAGUCCACCAGCCAGGAGGAGUUGCUGGCGUCCAUUUUCAUCGUAUUGAUAAACUGGACGCCACAACGUGCAGUCAGCAUUACGAACAAGACGAUACAUUUUUGUUUAACAACGACCCAACUGUCAAAUAUAAAUACAGAGACUUUGCCACUGUUUUUCGCGGAUGGAGAAAUCCUAGGAUCAUAGAAGAAAUGCCAGUGCGCGAAUACAUUUUAGCUACUUACAACAAAGAAAUUGCCGAAAAGUACAAGGUGAAGCCGUCUGAGAAUAUUCCCGCAAGCUAUUUUCGAGAUUUAUCCUCCAUUAAGAAACAACUGGAAAGGGAUAUUGCGAGUCAAUAACAAGUUAGCAUUUUAUUCCCUCUUUUCUAUUUCUUAAUUAUGUUUCAGUAGUUACAACAACUUGUGCUUGCAUGCAUUGAUGAAUUCUGUUAUAAGCCGCUUGGAGCGAAUAAUAAUAAUGCCUUGUUUCUGCUUAAUCAUAUCUAUGCAACAAUAAACAAGAAGUUACAAAUUGGAAUUCUAGACAUUCAUCAUUUCGUCACCCCUCAAUAAACGCAGAAAUGCAAUGGCCAUACGGUAUGAUUGGAUCUGCUAAAUAUACCUGUUAACAUGUUUUUUGCAUCGAUCCAGGCAUCCAGCACGGAAAAAAAGUUCUACAAAUAAUUCAAAGAUGGCGUUUAGGGCCAAAAUACAAAUGUUUCCGCACGGGAAAUUCAACUUCACUGCAGGCGUACUCAUCUGCUGAUUCCAAUAACAGACGUCUGAAUCUAAAUGUUUCUCACACUGAUCAAA